UUGAAGCCAUUGAGAUGAGCUCACAAAUCAAAAAUCUAAACCAGAAAAAUGAAAAUGACGACGGCAACAACAACCAAAACAAUCGGCAGAAGCUUGAAGCACUAGAAGAGGCUGAUGAGCCAGCUUAUUUUCUUUGGCCUUAGCUGCCUGUGCCAUCUUCAUGUUCAUUUUUUGCAUUAUUGUUAUCCGAGCCCAAAAAAUCUGUGUCACAAACCGCUGCGAACAAAAUUUUUGUUACAAAAAAGACAAACGAGAGAACAGAGCAAACGAGAGCUAGUGAGAAAAAGAGAUCACAAUGAAAUGUAUCCAAAAUCCGAACGAAUGAAACGAUGGAAGUUGACGAACGCGACGCAAUGACGAAAAGUCAUAUUAACACAACAGCAAAUGUGCGUACUUGUUAUCAAUACAUGAGAAUGCUAUCAACAACGCUAACGCUACUUCAAACGAGCUCGUUGUUUCAGUUAAUUUUGCCAUCUCUCUUUCGCCGCAUCUCCCUUUCCGUCUCGCUCUCGCCGUGCCUUUUCUUCAUCGAUGUCUGAAUACUAAUUGCUUUCAACAUAGAUGCUAACGAGAGCCGUGAGUACUGUUUGAUGCGCAAUGCUUACGCUGUUCGAUGUGUUGGUGAGAGAAACAGAAAACAAAAUUCUACCACAGAUUCGUUCACCUACACACGCGCACUCAACUCAAGCUAUGCCAACGACACAAUCACACGACUGAGCCCUUUGACACUGACCACCGUCACUCGGUCCCAACUGCUGAUUGCUCUAGUUAUAAACAAACGCGCUAUUCGGUCAGCUGUGUACUUUAUUUCGAUGCGACACAAUUUUUUUUUUAUUGACAUUCAAUUUUUUCAACCGCAAACAAGUGCUAGUUUUCCUGAAUAUCCGAAUUGGAGUACAAUUUUCGUAUUGUUUCUUUUAAAAAUUGCUCGUUUUUCGUCCUAAAAAAGAACAUUUUUUUGAUAGAAUUGAGUUUUCAAUGGAUUACGUUGUUUUUUGUUUGGUUUUGUACUGAGUUUUUCAUGUGAAUUGAGUUAAAAACUGUGAAACACGUGGUGUCACCAUAAUGCAAUCGCUUGACAGGCAACAUUGCAGCCAAACACAGGCUAAACAUGACGUUUUCUGUUGGACAUGCCACAAAGAUAAGCCGAAUCUCUUCUGUUCAACGUGUGUGCGAUCGUUUCACAUUUCGGCAUCAUGUUCACAUGUCAAAAAAAUGAUAGCGACAGAUAAAAGUGGCUGGCGAUGCCUAGAGUGUAUCGAGGUGGAGAAAGACGUCUUCCAAAUGAAAACCAAUAAAAUGGAGACGGGAUACUUGAACGAGCUGUUGAAUUAUAUUUCCAAAUUGCUUCAAGCGGAUCAAUAUUUGGCCGACCGAUUUCUCGAUGUUGAAUAUGGAAACAAAAGAGGACCAGUGUGCAAUCCAUUGGAUCUGACUAGAGUCGGAGAAAAGACGGAAUAUGCCGAAUACACUUGCAUUGAGGACUUUUGGUCUGAUAUCAAGUGGAUCGUGCAUAAUACGAAAGUUCAUCGAUCAGGUGACAAAUACGCCAUUGAAGGUCUGAAGUGGUUGACAAAGUUCACAAAGAAUGAAAUUUACACCAUUCGAUUGUGUCACGAGUGCUAUCGAAAUGCCAAUCAAAACCCAAAAGAUUGGUUCACGAAGCCAUGCGCAAAGCCGCACAUUCUGGUUUGGGUCCAGCAAAAGGGUUAUCCAUACUAUCCCGCAAAGUUGAUGGCAGUAAACAACGACAAGCACACGGUUGAUGUGCAGUUUUUUGGCCAACAUGAACGAAUGGUUUUGAAGCCCGAAGACUCAGCCUGUCAUAUCUAUUCGGAAAAAUGUCCCAGUUCGAGUAUUGGUUCAUCGAAAUAUGAUUGGGAAAAGGCGGUUAAUGAGGCUCGAGUCUAUAUUCAAAAUCUCGUCGAGAUGUUUGGAUCGUUUCACUACGCUGCACCGAAUACGAUACUGAAUAAAGACAAAUUGGAUCGCCAUCUGUAUGAAAUGAUACCAAAGGCAUUGAAAAUGGUAGGAAUCACCGAGAUACCAUCGCCAAUACCAAAGACAGCCACCGCUGCCCGCCGAAUGACAAUAGCUUCAAUCUUUGCUGAUGGGGCACCUCGACGAAAGUCGAUUUCUGUAAGACGACGAAAAUCGGUUGCAUUUGAUGCAAAUCAAGUUGAGCUUGAUUGCGACCCAGAUUUCAUACCAACGGGCCAAAAACGAAAGUUGGAUAUUCUGCACGACCUUGAACCGUUGCCGUUGGCAAAAAAGCAACGAGUUGAAGACUCAUCGAACAGCAUCGGUACAAGAGUGGAAAAUGGCCAAAGCAAUGAAGUGCCAACAUCGGUAGGUGCAGCCAGUAUUCCGUCUGUACGGAUCCAUGGAUCACAUGUACCAGCUUCUGUUCUACCGGUUCGUGCGCGAAAGACAUUCCCCAAUUCCACGUUGCGUACAUUCAAUCCAUCGAAUUCAGAAUUUUCACAUCGACCGAUCAACGAAGCUUCAUCGUCGGCAACCGCUGUACUACUCAAAGAAGAGCAAGAGUCACUAAGUGAUCAGAACUCGAUGGACAAUUUGAUUCUACAUUACAGUGACAGCGAUGAAGUGGUGUCACCUCAAUCGAAGUGCAAACAAGAAGAAAUGGUCGCUCUAUGCAAUGCCCUGUCUGGAACGAAUGCACCACAAAUGACUGAAUGCAUUCGUUCAUCGCUAGAAACAACAUUGGUUGACUUGACAGCCACCACCGAUGCAGCCAAACAGAUUCAGUUGCUGCAGAAUGAGCUGGAAAAGCAACGAAUCGAGAAUGAUAUUCUCGGUAACAAGAAUAACCAACUCACAAAGCAAAACGGUGAUUUGAUUCAGGAGCUGGUCAAUGUCAAUCAAAAAUUGGAUGUGAUGACGAAGAGAAAUGCGGAAUUGGUCACCGUUAACAAAGUAUUAACGCAGUCGACGGAAAAAUUCAAAGUGGAAAUCGGACAAUUGGGUGAUCGAAUCAAAGGCGAAUGCAAAGUAGAACAAGCUAAAUUAAUUGCUGAAACGAAACAGACAAAGUGGUGCGCUGCAUGCGGUUUACCAUGUGGACGGUACUACUGUAGUUUCGCAUGCGAAGAACAUGCUCG